GCCAUUUCGUCGAGAUGAGGAGCUAUAUAGGACGAUUUUGUUGGCGAGCUUCCAAACAACGCCGCAGCAAAUGGCUGCUGCCGUGAGCUUCUCCUACCAAAUACACAUCUUCAUGCUCCUCCUCUGCUACUCCAUAUGGUCUCUGCACCUGCCUCGUGCUACCCUCUCGAUUUCUUUCAGCCCCGACUUGUCCGAUCCCGACUACGACGCCCAAGACUUCUUUUUCCAGGGUGACGCAUACUACGACACCCAGUCUCACAUGAUCCAGCUCACGAGAAACGGCGUGGGUCGAGACAACCGGAACAGCGUAGGGCGGGCGUACCUCGCGACGCCCGUGCCGCUGUGGGACACCGUCACCGGCGAGCUCGCCCGCUUCACCACCUCCUUCACUUUCCAAAUCCCGCCAAGCAAUGACACUGGCGAUGGCUUGACGUUCUUCCUUGGGCAUUAUCCUCCGCCGAGCAUUCCCAAUGUCAAACGCGACAUGGGCGGCGGGAACCUCGGCCUCUUCAACACAACCGCUGGCACGGUCGCGACCGGCGACGACCGAGUCGUGGCGGUUGAGUUUGAUACGUACUUCAACUUUGGCAUCGACCACAGCGGCAGCCACAUGGGCAUCGACGUCAAUUCCAUCGUCUCCCAGGAGUACACCAACGCGGACGUGCCUGACAGGAACCUGACGUCUGGCUUCCUGAUGAGUUGCGAUAUCAGCUACGGCAACGACACGAAAUUACUGGCUGCCGUUCUCCAGAUCGGCGACGUGACUUACCGUGUCAACACGACUGUUGACCUGAGGCAGGCCUUGCCCAAUGUGGUGGCCAUCGGCUUCUCAGGUGCCACUGGUUUGGCCGUCGAGUUACACCAAAUAAUGUCAUGGUCAUUUAACUCCACCUUGGAUCCCCCCAGGGUUCCGCCGCCUGCGAGGCAGAACCUGUCGAAACUGGCAGUAGAGGUGACUGGACCGUUUAUUGGAGUUAUUAUUGCAAUCGUGUGCGUCUUUGUUGGCGUCCAUCAAUGGCAGCUAUACACGAGGAAGAAGCGAUGCAGAGCUCUCGCCAGGGGCCUCGGGCACAUUGAUUACCAUAAGCUGGCGCGCGCGGCCAACAACUUCGCCGAGGAAACCAGGCUCGGGCAAGGAGGUUCCGCCUUCGUUUACAGGGGCCAACUGACAAGCCCAAGCAGACCGGUGGCGAUAAAGAGAUUCAAACCGGCGGCAUCCGGCAGGCAGGCGUUCGAGGACGAGCUCAGGAUCGCCAGUCGUCUCAGGCACCGGAACCUCGUCGAAUUGAUAGGUUGGUGCUACGACGAUAAGAGGAAUCCGGUUGAGUCUCUGUGCCGGUGGCGGGACGACAGGUACACUCGUCUCUUCCUUGUGUAUGAGCUCUUGCCACAAGGUAGCCUCGAUCAACACCUACACGGGGGCAUCAGUUGGUUACCAUGGGACAAGAGGCACGGGAUCAUCCUCGACCUAGGUUCUGCACUGCAAUACCUCCAUGUAGAUUGCGAGCAACAACAGCAGUGCAUCGUGCAUGGUGAUAUCAAGUCGAGCAACGUGUUGCUCGACCCUUCGUAUGGUGCCAAGUUAGGUGACUUCGGGUUGGCAAGAUUUGUUGACCAUGAAACCGGGUCGCACACCACAGAUGUCUUGCAGGGCACUUACGGGUACAUUGACCCUGUGUUCAUCGACACGAGCCAGCGGAAUAUGCAGUCGGACAUCUACAGUUUCGGCAUUGUCCUACUGGAGAUGGUCUCUGGAAGGAACCCAACGAUGCAUCUCCAUGACGCACCUCCAUUGUCGUCAUGGGUAAGGAGUUUGUACCACGGCAAUAUGAUCCUAGAGGCCGCAGAUUAUAGGCUGAUAGGCAGCGAGUCCAGUACUGGGCGACAACAAAUGGAGCGUGUACUGCUUGUAGGGCUCUUGUGUGUGCACCACAACCCGAGCAGCCGGCCGUCCAUCACCCAAGCCAUGGAUGCCCUGCGAUCCGAGGAACUAAAACUGGACAUGAGGCCCCUAGCGCAGCUGGAACCCUAGUUGCCACAACCUUUAAUUGUAGUCCAAAAAAUCACAAAGGAAUGCCAUACAUGUAUUCAAGAGAUAAACACUGAGUUGCGAU